AUGGAUUUAAGCUCCUUUGCUCUUGGGACAAGCUAUCUCUCUUAUCUAUGUUUCAUCGAUGAAGAGGAGGACAAUGUUCACUUUGGUGGUUGGAGCGGCAUGGAACUUGCCGAAUGGUCAGAGGCGUAUCAAAACACCAAUGCCUUGGUCACUUGCUCGGCGUUUGGACACUUCCCAAUGUCAACAGCAUUAGGAGAUCAAUCACGCGUCUCUCACCGGCGCUCGCAUACAGCAAGCUACGUUCAGAAGCUGGUGGAGGCCACUUACGUCCGACAUCUUCGUCAGACGUCCGACUUCAUGUUCCCCCUUCCUCGCCGCCCCGGCGACCCCGUCGUCGCCGAGAACUGGUCAAGCAUGGACCGCCGAAUCGGUGGCACACAAUGCCCUGCCUGUUAUUUCUCUCCCAGUCACAUCUUGGUUCCCUGCGAACACACUGUCUGCUACGACCACUUCUUACAGCACCCAGAAGACCUUGCUGUCCGCUGUGCGCUGUGUUUGAAGCCUGUCACCACCACCCUUGAGAUUGACGAUACCCCUUCGACUGUCGAUCCGAGCGUUGAAGAUCUGACCUCCUGGACACAAGGCUUGAGCUUGUCUCCCGCCAGCACUAUCAACUCAAUCUGGGGCGGUCCGUUUCCGACUCCGUCCCCCUUUCAGUCCCUGAACGCGAGUAUUGCCAACAUGCGUCACUCCGCUGCCCACGCCUCUCCCCCUCCACCGGCUGGAGAUGAGGCCCAGCUUGGUACUACGAACCGUGGGGCCAUCAACCAAGCCCACGCCAUGACCGGUGCCCAGCACAUCACUUCUCCACAAGUCGCAUCUGGUCAGUCCCAGAGCAUUCAAGAACAGCAUCACCAGUCCCAGCAGUCGAAGCACACUCGCUUCCCUUCAUUCAACCCUGGUAGACCUGCUGGCGCCAAUUUUCCCGAGUAUGUUGUCGGUGGCCAGGGUCAGGACAACCUUGAAUCUAAGCAGCCUCCUGCCAAGCAGCGUCCAGCUGGUCAUGGGCGCACCGAAUCGCAGAUCUAUGCUCCCCAGCCUAGCGUCUUCAAGGCGUCGCACGCGUUCCGUGAGCUUGCUACCCCAGCCCCUGAGGCUGACACUUCUGAGGCUGCUCCCACUCAGCAGCAGUUUUCCGGCGUGCAUGCUCAGAUGCACCAGAGUUUCGCUACUGCCCAGCCCUCUGCCAAUCUGCAGCAGGUCCCUGGUCCCAUUCAACGCCCUGAGCCCGCUUACAUUGACCCUUACUUCAGAAGUUUGAUGUCGCCUCUGCAGAUGGACCGCCCUUCAACUUUGCCCACCAUGCCUAACAUGAUGCACCGCAUGAACGGCAUCAACAACCAUGCUGGCUCUCGUGACUAUGAAGCUGGCCAUGCCAUGCGUAGCUCUGUCCCCCAGACUAUCAACAACAUAAACCACAGCUUCACUGGUAGUGGUCACCUUACCAACGGCGCUCACACAAACGGCUUUACCGAUGUUCACUAUCCCUACGACGCACGCUCGAACGGCUUUGAGAUGAACCACACCAGCAUGAACCCUCUUUACAUGAGCCAGCCUUCUGUGAAUGCCGCACAGGUGAACGGUCCUCAUUUCCAGACUUCUCAGAUGCCUGGCUUCCAGAUGGACCGUCCUCAUCUAUCUGGUCAACAGAUGAACAUUCAUCAGAUGACUGCCAGCAUGCCCGUUCACCGUGGCAUCCCUGCUCAGGCUGAUCCAUUCGUUGACUCUCACCCGCCUGUGUACGGCAAUGGCUCUUUCAUGGCCGCUGCCAACCACCAGCCUUUCGUUGCUGCACCCCAAGCCGCCGUCCUUCGUGCUACAAUGGGCAGCCCUGCCAACAACGCAGGUACCGCCUAUACAUGGGGCCGCGCUCCUCAGCAGUCCAACAUGGCCCAGCAGCCUCAGCCCAGCAUCGUUCAGCAGCCGCAGACACACGCUGCUCGUAUGGCCGAGGCCAUCAGGUCUGGUGCCCUUCACCGCUUGGACAGUCGAUCGCCAUCCGAUGGCCGUGGAUAUAUCUCUCCUGGCGGCGAGAGUCCCGGCAAUGCGCUUGUUGUGCAGCAGCCUGUCAUCCGCAGCCAGGCCGUCAUGGCUCCCGAGGUGCGCCCUGAUCCUGACUGGGUUCGACCUGAGGAUCGCGCUCUUCCUAAUCUCGAUGAAGUGUACGAGCACAUGCCUUUUGUUGACACUGCUGCCGAGUCACGCCCUAGCACCAACGGCGUCAUCAAGAUUGGCAACAUCCCCUAUGCCACUACCAAGAACGAAGUCCUCGCUGCUCUCGGCCGCAGCACCCGCAUUGCCUCUCAGCCCAAAGGCACUGCUUACUUCGCUAUCCACAUCAUCAUGGAACGUUCAACUGGCAAGACUAUGGACGUUUAUGUUGAGCUGGACUCUGAGGAUGAGGCUAAGGCUGCUAUUGCUAGUUUCCACCAGCGCUGCAUGAACAACCGCCACCCUCGCAUUGGUGACCGCCAUGUUGAGAUGGAGCUGAGCAGCCAGGAGGCUCUCAUGAAGGAGCUGUUCCCUCGCGCCAAGUGUGUCAGCUGGAAUGGCAAUACUCCUGUCAUCUACUCGACUACCGAGGCAUACAACUCAGGCUUCCAGGGCUUUGUCACCAGUGAGGAGAUGGUCAUGAUCACCAAGCACGCCGAGACUCCUCAGCGCUCACCCUUUGCUCAGCGUUGUGUCAACCGUACUUAUGAGACCAUGAUCUCCAUCAUGCACAAGUACCCAUGGCACGCCACCGAGCACAUCACCAUUCGCGAGCGCAUCUCCCUCUUUUCGUGUGCUCUAAUCCAGCUGCGCGUCCUCAUCAACGCCGUCAGCCGCAACACCCACCCUCAAUUGCUGCACCGCGGUCUGCUGCAGGAAUACCUCACUGCUUGCCUGGGCAACCCCGGCUUCAGCGUUCAACAGAAGACCUACAUUGUCAACGUCACCACCAACGAAGGCUACGGUGCUCUGCUCGGCAUGAUCCCCUUCACUCCCGUCGACCAGAUGACCGGCAGCUGGUGGCCCUUCGAGGCUCUGUCCAAGAACCCCAAGUCCUCUGACUCGCUGCUUGCCUACAUCGUUGCCCUGCUCUGCUCAGCCACCGACCCUGAGGGCGCCUUCGCUCGCAACGCCAUCGCCGACCCUGACUCCUGCCUCGAGCUGCUCGACUCUGAGAUGGCUGGCGACUCUACCUUCGGCCACUUCAGCGUCCAGUACAAGAGCCACAGACAGAGAGACAUGCACACUCUGAAGGAGGCUGCUGAUGCUGAAUGGCGUGCUGUCUACGAGGCUCUCAGCCGCGUCCUGCCUACCAACCGUGCUCUCACUUUUGGCGAGUCACACCUGGCUGGUGGUCAGCAGGACACCACUGGAGGUGCUGAGCAAGACAACACUGCCUUUGAGGGUGGUCAGGUUCUUGCUCUGCCUGGUCUUGAGCAGCGCCGUGAGGAUGCUUUGCUUGGUUAA